UAGAUUGUUAUCGCUGGAGUCCCGCCGCUAGGAAAUGCGGUAUUUCAGUAUUUUUAGAAGUAUUUGUAACGCGGCAACACUAUUGUAAGUGACUGCGCUUUUUCCCGCACUUUUGUGAGUCGGGUCGGACUGGGCGGUCCAACUGUGAUUAAAACAUGCAUUAUCAAUAAACACGCCGUGUAGACCAACACACGUGUCAUAUCCAAACUACCUAACCCGAGUUUGAAUUUGAUAGUUUUUUGAGCAACGCCCAGCCCGGCCCCCCUUUCGACUGCAGUCGGUGCAGCGACAUUGUCUUUUAAUCACACUGCGCUGGCUUGAAGCGUGUGAUUGUCUUGUGAAUCACAUAUGUGCGUCCGCUUGACGCGUGUGAUCUUGUAUUAAUCGCAUUGUGCGUCCGCUUGACGCGUGCGAUCUCGUUUAGAUAGCGUCCUUGUGUGACGCCUAAACGAGUUGGAGCAUAAUUACUGGGUAUGUCUACUCGCCACUCACCCAGACGAAGCCCACGGCUCAUUGAGGAGCCACAAAGCGAGGCCACUACUGCUGCGUCUACGACUACCACUACGACCGCCAGCAUGGCCGCCAUUACAGCCACCACAACGGCGUACAGUGGCACGAGGUCCGCGACAACCGUACGGCAGCGAGAAAGCACGCCUAGCGCAAAGGCAGGAGUUUCAUUGGAAACGCGUGAUAAGGCUGUUAAGGCGAAGGGUGACGACACAGCUGCUCAAUUGGAGUAUCUCAGGCAGAGAAUCACCAUGUUGGAGGAGGAGCUGCAAGCCGCCAAGACGGUGAAUGUAAUGGCGGACACAACGGCGCCGGUACCAGGAGUGAGCGAGACAGCGGACAGGCCGCCAUCUUGUACUGAAGCUACUGGACCACGUAGUGAUGGAGUGAGCGGGACAGCAAACGUGCCGCCAUUUUGUGAUAUUGGCGCGCACGCGAUGGAAAAUUGGCGGGCUGCAAGGACGAAGGUUAUUUCGAGGGAAGGUAUGCCAAGUCACAGUGAGACAGUGCAUGUAGGCCCGAACACACAUGGCCCUAUGCACUGCUACACUUCGUCAAUGCACACCCCACCGUAUUGUGCGACGAAUGCGCCAGCAACUUAUGGAACGUUGCCUCGACGUGUUGGCACAGACGAUGGCCAACCGAUACUAACGCCAUCAGCUGCGUUGUGCGAGUCAACUGGGCCGUACAAUAGGUUUGUGCCACGCAAGCUGCCUGAAUUAGCAGCGACCUCACCGUCUCUUUGGCCUCGCCCUGCAAGGCUCUCCUCUGGCUGAGAGGAUUGGCCGAUUUUCGUAUGUGCAUACAACGAGACGACUGGAGCAUAUGGAUGCUCAGACCUGGAGAACAACCAGCGACUGCUCAAAGCCUUGCAGGGCGAGGCCAAAGAGACGGUGAGGUCGCUGCUAAUUCAUCCCAGGAAUGUCGGCAUGGU